GCAUUGAGGCGCUUCAUCUCUCAUCAUCAUACAAGCGCUUCAAGAGGCGGAUGGUGCGCAGGCGGCUGAGCGCGGAGCAGCCUUUAGCUAGUAGCCCCGUGGCCUCCAGGGGGCGCCGUUCGCCCUACCGGGAGUUUGACACGGUCUGUCAGAGACUGUCUCUGGAUUCACCGUCAGGGGGCGCAGCGAGAACAAAACUGACACAAGAGCAGAGCACAGAGACAAGUCUUCAAGGUUUGAAUGAAUUCAUGAAUGAAGGGAAUAUUUUAAUAUCCCAAAGGGACAUUUUCUUAUAAUAUAAAUAAUAAAUAAUAUACUACAGGUUUAACAGUUAACUCUACUAGAUCUACUUCUAUAUUUGAAACAUCCACACAUUCACACGAUGUUGGUUAGGUGAAAAAGGGGCCUCAUCUCAUUGCCUGUUUACUGUAAACACCAAUGACUGUAAAGGUACACAGACAUACACUGGACAAAAAUAUAAAUGCAACAUGUAAAGUGUUGGUCCCAUGUUUCAUGAGCUGAAAUAAAAAAAAUCCCAGAAAUUUUCCAUACGCACAAAAAAUAUUAUUUCUCUCAAAUGUUGUGCACAAAUUUGUUUACAUCCCUGUUAGUGAGCAUUUCUCCUUUGCCAAGAUACUCCAUCCACUUGACAGGUGUGGCAUAUCAAGAAGCUGAUUAAACAGCAUGAUGAUUACACAGGUGCACCUUGUGCUGGGGACAAUAAAAAGAGUAUUUCUGUCUGUAAAGCCCUUUUGUGGGGAAACACUCAUUCUGAUUGGCUGGUCCUGGCUUCCCAGUGGGUGGGCCCCUGUCCAAUCAUGUGAAAUCCAUAGAUUAGAGCCUAAUUUAUUUAUUUCAAUUGACUGAUUUCCUUAUAUGAACUGUAACUCAGUAAAAUCGUUGAAAUUGUUGCAUGUUGCAACAGUAUACAUGAUGCAAGCUGAUGGUGUAACCUUUCUCUGUCAGACACAGUGGUGGAGGCCGGAGUGUCACACAGUAAUGUCUUCAGACCGAUCACAGCAUCAACCACUUACAGGAGGAAUGUGCCUAAACAGGUCUAUCCACACACACACACACACACACACACACACACACACACACACACACACACACACACACACACACACACACACACACACACACACACACACACACAUUUUGUUCUUCUAUCGUUGUGGAGAUCUACGUUUGAUUUCCAUUCUAAAUCUUAUUUUCCCUAACCCCUAACCUUAACCCUAACCCCUAACCUUAACCCUAACCCCUAACCUUAACCCUAACCCCUAACCUUAACCCUAACCCCUAACCUUAACCCUAACCCCUAACCUUAACCCUAACACCUAACCUUAACCCUAACCCCUAACCUUAACCCUAACCCCUAACCUUAACCCUAACCCCUAACCUUAACCCUAACACCUAACCUUAACCCUAACCCCUAACCUUAACCCUAACCCCUAACCUUAACCCUAACCCCUAACCUUAACCCUAACCCUUAACCUUAACCCUAACCCUAACCUUAACCCUAACCCCUAACCCCUAACCUUAACCCUAACCCCUAACCUUAACAUUAACCCGGGACCCAACCCCUAAACCUAACCACUAAUCCCUAACCCCUAACCCUAACAUUAACCCGGGACCCAACCCCUAAACCUAACCACUAAUCCCUAACCCCUAACCUUAACAUUAACCCGGGACCCAACCCCUAAACCUAACCACUAAUCCCUAACCCCUAACCUUAACAUUAACCCGGGACCCAACCCCUAAACCUAACCACUAAUCCCUAACCCCUAACCCUAACAUUAACCCGGAACCCAACCCCUAAACCUAACCACUAAUCCCCCCCACCCUUUGGAUGUACUGUAAAUAACAAGAUGUGUUUGUGUUGUUGGACGUGUUGUUGUUUUUGUUGUCAUAGGACUGGUUGUGGUCUGCUUCUGGAGAACAUGUUGUUUGUUGUUGUUGUUGAUGUUGUUGUUGCUGUUGUAGGACUGGGUGUGGUCUGCUUCCAGAGAACAGGAGAGAUGCUCAGAGAAGGCAGGUACAGUAUGACUUAUAUUUACUACUACUGUAUCAACAGUACACAUGAGGCUGGUGAGGGGAGGACAGCUCAUAAUAAUGGCUGGAAUGGAGUGAAUGAAAUGGCAUCAAACACAUGGAGACCAUGUGUUUGAUGAGUUCGAUACCAUUCCAUUAAUUCCGUUCCAGCCAUUACUAUGAGCCCGUCCUCCCAAUUAAGGUGCCACUGGCCUCCUGUGCUACAGUAUGAUUUCACGGUGUGUUUUAUACCUGACUGUGUGUGUCUCUGUGUGGGAUUCUGCCCUGCAGCCAUUCUCUGUCCUGUAUAGGGCUCCCUCUACUCCAGACCUGUCUCCAGACCAGUCGAAACCACAGCUGACUCUGGCGCUGCCAUCACUGCAGGACGACUACUGUGAGUGCAUGGCACACACACACACACACACACGUAAACACAUGCACACGCACACACACACACACCGACACACACGCACGCACACACACAGAAAGAGAGAAAGAAAAAGAGAGGGAGUGAUAGAUAGAGAGAGACAGAGAGAGUGAUAGAGAGAGAGUGAUAGAGAGAGAGAGAGAGAGAGAGAGAGAGAGAGAGAGAGAGAGAGAGUGAAUAGAGAGAGGGGAUAGAGAGAGACAGAGAGAGAAGAGAGAGAGAGAGAGGAGAGGGAGAGAGAGAGAUGCGAGAGAGGAGAGAGAGGUGGAGAGAGAGAGGAGGAGAGCGUGCGAGAAGAGAGAGCGAUGAGAGAAGAGAGAGGAGAGAGAGAAAUGAGAGAGAGAGGGAUUCAAAAAUGCGACAUAAGGAACAUAUACAACCAAAGAAGUAGAACCUUAAAAUUGCUUAUUCCAUUGUGUUAUAUCUACCAGCUUAUCGUAUUAUAGCUACCACGCCUUAAGACAAUUGUGUUAUAGUACCCAGCCUUCAUCAUUGUGUUUAUAGCUACCAAGCUUACCCUGUGCCUAUAGCUACCAAGCUUCUCAAUUGUGUUCUAGCUACCACGCUUAUCCAUUGUGUUCUAGCUACAUGCUAUCCAUUGUUAUCGCGACCAAGCUAUCCAUUGGCUAUAGCUACCAGCUUAUCAUUGUGUUAUAGCUACCAAGCUUAUCCAUUGUGUUAUAGCUACCAAGCUUAUCCAUUGUGUUGCUAUAGCUACCAAGCUUAUCCAUUGUGCUAUAGCUACCAAGCUUAUCCAUUGUGCUAUAGCUACCAAAGCGGUCAAGUGAUUAAGCAUAAAACAUGGAUGGUUAGGUGUAGGCAUUCAUUACCACUGGUUAAGGUAAGGGUUAAGGUUUGGGAUAAGGUUAAAACAGAAAACAAAUAAACAUGAGUGCCUAGCCUUUGGGAUUGAACCUGCGAUCCUCGGAGCUGAAGUGCGCAGUUUAAUGGUAACAUGUGUUCAUGUUGCCCGUAGUGACGGUAUUGAAGGCAUCUCCCGACGUCCUGGGGACCUGGGGGAACAAAACCGUUGAAAUACUGUAGUUUUUAUUCUUGGUGUGGGAUCUUUGCUGUUAUAGCAGUGGAAAGAAUGGACGUUUGUCUGUUGGAUAGGGUUACGUCUGAAAUCUUUACCCAGAUCUUUGUUGGAUGAUGAAUUUCCGGGAGUGUGUGUGUGUGUUUUGGUAUCAGUUUGGUAAUGCUUGUGUUUGUUUACCUUCUAGUUAAUGGAAAGUAUAGAGUGACGCAACCGCUAUUUAACGGAUUCUCCAGGAAGUGAAAUAUAAAAUCCAAGAUCAGGCGAUAUAUUAACUUCACUGGAAAGUCAUAUGCAGUUUUCAGUGUUUGUCGUCACAAUCAGAUUGUAUGUAGGUCGAACUCAAACCUCACAUAUGUACACAAUUUGACUUGAACUUGUUGUGAUAAUACACUAAACAAACCGAGCUGUCUAUUUAAUAAAAUACUGUAACUACAAAUACUAUGUUUAAAUAGAUUUAAAAAUGAACAAACCUACUAUCUCCUCUGCUCUCUCCUCAGAUAGCCACCUGUUGGACUGGAGUAACAGUGGUAUGGUGGCCCUGGCCCUGGGGUCGGAUGUGUUCCUGUGGAAGGCAGACACACACACUCUGCAGGGCUGUAUCCAUCCCAGAGCAGCAGACUCACCGUCUCUCCCGCUGAGCCUGUCUCACUCUGUCUCGUCUGUGUCCUGGAGCAGAGAUGGAUGUACACUGAGCAUCGGGACCAAGGAGGGGGGCGUACAGGUAGAGACAAACGUGCUCGACCCUUAGCGGAACGAAAUUCGUAACAUAUUGCACAAAUUUGAAAUCCUGCAAAUAAUUAAAUUGAUAGAACCUACAAUCUAUCUGUAAUAUUAAAGCUGAUAUUCCACCCCCCACCCCAAAAUUAAAAUUAAAUAAAAAAGACAUAUUGCACAAAUUUGAUUCGUAACAUAUCACACGAAAUGGAUGACGUAGUAAACAAUUGGAUGACGUAGUACACAAAAAACGGGGACCACUUUCUAAGCUUGCGAGCACCAAAGUUCUAGAGUGCAUCUUUAAUCAACCAGCUCUCACAGUCUCACGUCAAAAGUAGACGUUCAUCCAUGUUUCUCAAACAUCACAUUUCAAAGUUGUUGCAAAUGUCAAAUUUUGAAGUGUUUAAUGUUAAGUUUAGGCAUUUAGUCAGACUUUUUUAAGAUUAGGCAUUAACUCUGAAAUAUUAAGGUUAGGCAUUAACUCCGAAUGGUUAAGGUUAGGGUUAAGAUUUGGGAUUGGCUUAAAACAGAAAUCUCAGAAACUACUUUUUAUCACUGGAUUCAAACUUGCAACCUUUGGAAUCAGAGGCAAAUGCUUACGCCCAUCCACCAUCCACAACUGAAACCUAGGUGAAGGUAACAGCGCUCACUGUUGCCCCUAGUGGCCGGUUUCCACGUCAUCUCCCGACGUCCUCAGACAUGGAUGGAUGUCAAAUACUGACUUGUAUCACGGGUGACCUGGCUGCUUUAAUAUAAUGCAUGUUAUAUUUGUGUUGUUUCCUUUGUGUUUGUUGGAUUGUUUAUUGGCAGGUCUUCAUGUUGAAGGUAGACACAACAAUAUCACAUCAUCAAACACAGUGGAGUGAUUUAGGAGUAGUCGAGUUGCGUGAGUGAGUGAUUUUCCUGCUUCUGUCUUACCAGUUUGAGGGGUAGGGGUAGCGGAGGGAACAGGCAAAAAAAAGGUGCGUGGUAUAUAGUCUAACAUAGUGAGUUGGUAGUGACACGUAGACAAGAGAAAGAGAGGAUAGAGAGAGAGAUAGAGAGAGAGAGAGAGAGUCAGAUCGAGAAGAGUAUACAGAAGUAGAGCGAUAGGCGAGCGCGAGAGCCGAGAGAGAGAGAGAGAGAGAUGAGAGCGCUAGAGAGAGAAAAAAGAGAGAGAACUGAAAAAAGAAAGAAAAAAAGAGAACAAAACGAGAGAAAGAGAAAACAGCUAAGAGCGAGAGAGAGAGAGAUCGAGAGGAGAUAUGCGCGAGAGAUCGAGGAGAGAGAGAGAGAGAGAGAGAGAGAAAAAGCAGGUGAAACGAAAACGCCAAAAACAAUAACAAAAGAAUAGAAAAUACUGCGAACCAGAGAAAGAAAAGAAAGGAAGAGGAGACAAAGAGAAAGAGAGAAGAGAACAGAGAGAGAAAGAGAGAGAGAUAAGCAAAAGAGAGAAAGAGAAAGAGAAAGAGAAAGAAGCGACCGCAAGAGAAAAGCGAGCAUACAAGAGAAACAUCGCCAGAAAUAUAUCCGAGCUCCAGUACCUCAAUUCUGCUAACUGCUCCCUUCUCCCUCUCCCCUCCCUCCCUCUCCCUCUCCCUCUCCCUCUCACCUCUCACGCCCCUCUCCCGCUUCCUCUCCCACCAGUUGUGGGAUGUGGAGAAGAGGACCAGACUGAGAACUAUAACGUCACACCUCUCUGGAGUGGGGGCGCUUAGCUGGAACCAACACGUACUCAGCAGGUGGGUUGUGUGGUGUGGUGUGUGUGUGCCUAGGUGCAUGUGCGUGUGUCUGCGUGCGUGCAAACAUGUGUGUGUGUACAGUAUGUUUGUGUGUGUGUUUUUGUGUGUACUGUUAAGGAUCUUGAUGAGUUGAGAAACACAACUAUCCAUCCCUUUGUUCUUGUCCCUGACAGCGGUUCUGUUCUCGGGCUAAUCCAUCACCAUGAUUACCGACUUGAAACCCCGACAGUGGGUGUGUUCCACCAACAAGGGGGCGUGUGUGGGCUGGAGUGGGCGCCGCAAGGAGAUUGGCUGGCCAGUGGCUCAACAGACGGCCUCCUCAACAUCUGGACCAAUGACCUGGGGUCUAAGACGAAGACACACCCACCUGCCAAGACAAUGACACAACCCAGUGCGGUCAAGGUGUGUGGCCUCAGAGUGUGUGUGUGUAAUCUCUUGUGGACAGACUAUGUAAACAUAAACGGUAGCGUAGAUCUGUCAUGAUACAACAGGAUGCAUGAGAUAAUGAGCAACAUUAGUUCUGUGGCUUUUGGACAAAUCACAAUUUCUAGAGUGUUCAGAAGGGGAGGGGACAAAUCACAAUUUCUAAGGUGUUCAGAAGGGGAGGGGAAAUUUGUCCCAGAGAGAGAGGGUGGAGCUCUUCAUCUCUUCUCUUAACACGCUAUAGAUCUAAUUAGAACUUAAUCAAGCAUUUGACCAAUUUACACGAGACGUUAGUUCUGGGUUAAACGAGAUUAGGGUUAUCAUAAUGUGUGUGUGUGUGUGUGUGUGUGUGUGUGUCUCUUUGUGUGUGUGUGUCUCUGUGUGUGAGUGUGUGUGUGUGUGUCUCUUUGUGUGUGUGUGUUUCUUAUAUAUGUGUGUGGUGUGUGGUGUGUGUGUGUGUGUGUGUGUGUGUGUGUGUGUGGGUGUGUUUGUGUGUGUCGUGUUUCUCUAUGUUGUUGUGUGUGUGUGGGUGUGUGUGUGUUGUGUUGUGUGUGUGUGUGUGUUGUGUGUUGGUUUGUGUUGUGUGUGUGUGUGGUGUGUGUGUGGUGUGUGUGUUUGUGUUGUGUUGUGUGUGUGUGUGUGUGUGUGUGUGUGUUUGUGGUGUGUGUGUGUGUGUGUGUGUGUGUUGUGUGUGUGUGUGUGUGUGGUGUGUAGGCUAUGUCAUGGUUGUCCUUGGCAGAAGGAGCUGAUCGCCACGGGAGGGGGGCAGAGCGACGGAGUUCUGAGGAUCUGGAAUAACCAAUCAGGGACCUGCGUUGACUCCGCCCAGACCAACUCACAGGUGGGUGUUACACAACGCACUCGUUUCAUAUAUUUAAUCUAUCUCAACAGACCACACACACACACAGCAGAGUGGUUGUGUUUUAGCAUUGUGCAGGAACCAAAUCAUAUCAAAUGUAUUGGUCACAUACACGUGUUUAGCAGAUGUUAUUGCGGGUGUAGCGAAAUGCUUGUGCUUCUAGCACCGACAGUGCAGUAAUAUCUAACAAGUAAUAUCUAACAAUUUCACAACAAAUACCCAAUACACACAAAUCUAUGUAAGGAAUUGAAUUAAGAACAUAUGCAUACAGUUGAAGUCAGAAGUUUACAUACCCCUUAGCCAAAUACAUUUAAACUCAAUGUUUCACAAUUCCUGACAUUUAAUCCUAGUAAAAAUUCCCUGUUUUACGUCAGUUAGGAUCACCACUUUAUUUUAAGAAUGUGAAAUGUCAGAAUAAUAGUAGAGACAAUUAUUUAUUUCAGCUUUAAUUUCUUUCAUCACAUUCCCAGUGGGUCAGAAGUUUACAUACACUCAAUUAGUAUUUGGUAGCAUUGCCUUUCAAUUGUUUAACUUGGGUCAAACGUUUCAGGUAGCCUUCCACAAGCUUCCCACAAUAAGUUGGGUGAAUUUUGGCCCAUUCCUCUUGACAGAGCUGGUGUAACUGAAUCAGGUUUGUAGGCCUCCUUGCUCGCACACGCUUUUUCAGUUCUGCCCACACAUUUUCUUUAGGAUUGAGGUCAGGGCUUUGUGAUGGCCACUCCAAUACCUUGACUUUGUUGUCCUUAAGCCAUUUUGCCACAACUUUGGAAGUAUGCUUGGGGUCAUUGUCCAUUUGGAAGACCAAUUUGCAACCAAGCUUUAACUUCCUGACUGAUGUCUAGAGAUGUUGCUUCAAUAUAUCCACAUAAUUUUCCUUCCUCAUGAUGCCAUCUAUUUUGUGAAGUGCACCAGUCCCUCCUGCAGCAAAGCACCCCCGCUGCAUGAUGCUGCCACCCCCGUGCUUCACGGUUGGGAUAGUGUUCUUCGGCUUGCAAGCGUUCCCCUUUUUCCUCCAAACAUAACGAUGGUCAUUAUGGCCAAACAGUUCUAUUUUUCUUUCAUCAGACCAGAGGACAUUUCUCCAAAAAGUACGAUCUUUGUCCCCAUGUGCAGUUGCAAACCGUAGUCUGGCUUUUUUAUGGCGGUUUUGGAGCAGUGGCUUCAUCCUUGCUGAGCGGCCUUUCAGGUUAUGCGAUAUAGGACUUGUUUUACUGUGGAUAUAGAUACUUUUGUACCUGUUUCCUCCAGCAUCUUCUCAAGGACCUUUGCUGUUGUUCUGACAUUUCACAUUCUUAAAAUGAAGUGGUAUCAGGAAUUGUGGAAAACUGAGUUUAAAUGUAUUGGGCUAAGGUGUUUGUAAACUUCAUACUUCAACUUUAUGUAAAUGUGAUUUCAGUUUUUUAUUUUAAAUACAUUUGCGAAAAUGUCUAUAAAUCUGUUUUUGCUUUGUCAUUAUGGGGUAUUGUGUGUGUAGAUUGAUGAGGGGGGAAAAAAACAAUUUAAUCCAUUUUAGAAUAAGGCUGUAAUGUAACAACAUGUGGAAAAAGUGGAGGGGUCUGAAUACUUUCCCAAUGCACUGCAUGGUAUUAGUAAUUGUGAUAUGUAUUUUGAUGUCAGGUAGUAGCAUUCAAAUGCUUGUAAAAUGGCUUGCGCUAUAGUAGGCUUUAUUUGUUGAGUCGACAACCAAUUGUAAUUUGCUAGGUUACUUGUUAUCAAAAUGUAUAGUCAUGAGUUCUGUUCUGUUCUUUAAGGCGAUGUGGUUCGCGUGGUCUCUGGUCGAGAGGGAAGUUGUUCAUGGCGCCUGGUCUGCUGCGCGACCACAGAUACGCUGGAGCCCUCGCAGUCAUGGAAAGGCCUACAGUACAAGGUGAGACAAAACACUCAUAUAAAGUAUGACGAGACUAAAUCCAAGACGACAGACGAUACAACGAUGAUACAUUUAAACGAGAGAGAUCGAUGACUGGUCAAACGCAAUCGACGAGACAGACGACGAUAGUGACGAUCAGAGGAAUAAGACGACGAACGACAGAGAGUACGAUGGAUCGACACCUAGAGUAGCAUCAAAGCUGAAAGAGCGAGCCUAAGUAGGCUAUUGUGAGCGGACAACACGAGAUAGCAAGGAGGAUCAAAGAGAUGAGUGAAAGUGUCUACACGUAGACAUAGAGGUCGGGGUAGGCCAGAGGAGACGGAAGGCCGUACGAGCCAUUCGUCUACACCACAGAACUGAGGAGCCUACAUCGAAGAGAGACAGGCGAUCACUACAGGAGUGAGACACGACGAUACACGUAAUGACGACAGAGACGACUAACAGACACACGACGACGAGACGACAGACGACGGAGAGACGACGAGACGACGACGACGAGACGAGACGACGAGAGAGCGACGAGACACGAGAGACGACGAGAGACGACGAGAGACGAAGACGACGACGAGACGACGAGAACGACGACGAGACGAGACGAGACGAACACGACGAAACGACGACGAGACGACGACGAGACAGACAGAGACGACGAGACGAACAGCGACACGACGACGACGACGAGAAGAGACUAGAGACCACGAGAGACAGACGGAACGACGAACGACGAGAGACGACGACACGAGACAAGACGGAGACGACGACGAAGAGAGACGACGACGACGAGACGAAGACGACGGAAACGACGAGACGAAGACGACGACCACGAGACGACGGAGACAGACGACGACGAAGAGACGACGAGAGACGACCAGAGACGACGACGAGACGAGACGAACGAGACGACGAGACACGCAACAGACGAACGACGACGACGAGACACGAGGACGACGAGACGAGACGACGACGAGACGACAGAACGGAGCGGACGAGACGACACGGACAGAGACGAACAGGAGACGACGACGAGACGAGGAAGGACGACGAGACGACGACGAGCGACGAGAACUACGAGACGACGAAGAAAGAGACGACACGAACGAAACACUGACGCACGAACGACGACGACGACGAUAACACGACACACUACGAGACUACGACGCGACUAGACUACAAUACACAUACGACUAUACUACUACUAUACUAUACGUACUACGACUACUACUACUACUAAUACAACUACUACUAACGAGACUACUAACUCAACUACGUACUGUACUACUACUACUACUAUACACAUACCACAGAAACGACGAAACAGACGACACUAUACUAUACAACACAUACUACUACUACUAUACAAGACCUAGAUACUACCACUAAUACGACGAUAACAAUACUACUACUACGACUAAGUAACUGAAUGCUAUAUACACACUACGAUACACUAACUACGACUGACACACUACUAUGUAGACGAAGCACAGAUACGAAAGACAUACACACUACAUAUACACGACAACUACUACAUGCCGACUAUGAUUACAUGUCUACUAGACGACGAUCAAUAAUAUAAUACGAACUAACUGCUACACUACUACAUACUGUUAGAACUACUAGUGACACUACUAGACACUACUACUAUUCUACUACAUACUAUACACUACGACACUAUAUCUAAGUUAUUAUCACUAUACUACAUACUACUAACUACUACUAUACACACUACGACUAUACCAGCUACAAUACGCUAUUACUACUACAAAACUAUACACUGGACCAGGCCUACCAGACUGGGAGUAUAUCAUACUACUACUGCUACUACUACUAGACUAUAACAACUACAACUCAUACUACAUACUACCUAAACAGACUAACGACUACACGUUACGACGACUACGAGACACAACUACUAACACGACACACCACUACGACUACUACUCAGCUGACAGAACUGACGACACGACGAAACAGAGGGGUCCCUGUAGUCAAUGGUAGAGCAUGCGGCUGUAACGAGCGAGGUAGGGGUGAUCCCCAGGGACCACCCGUAUGCCACAUGAUAAGUCGCUUGGUGUGUAAAAUGUCUGCUAAAGGCAUAUUAUUAUUACUAUACUAUACUACUACAUAUAAUUACUACUAUACUAUACUACUACUCUACUACGGACCAGCUACCUGUGAAUUACUUACUACUACACUACUAAAUACUAACUAACAACUACUUACUCAACUACUACUACUCUACUACUUACUGCUAUACACUACUAACUACUAAUAUACUACUACACUCACUACUAGACCUAACAACUACACAUACAACACAUACACUACUGUACUACACUAUGACAAAUAACUACUAACUACUACUAUACUUACGUAGUACCUACACUACGGCUACAUAUACUUCUACUACUACUGCCUACUACUCUACUACUUACUACUGCUAUUGCUACUGCUACUACGCUACUACUACAUACUACUACUACUACUACUGCUAUUGCUACUGCUACUACUGCUAUUACUACUACUACUACUACUACUACUGCUAUUGCUACUGCUACUACUGCUACUACUACUACUACUACUACUACUACUACUACUACUACUACUACUACUAUUACUACUACUACUACUACCACUCCUCCUCACUGGACCUACCAGCUACAUGGUGAGAGACUCACAGUAAUGCUCCUGUAAGUGGCUCUGGAUAAGAGCGUCUGCUAAAUGACUAAAAUGUAAAUGUAAAUGUAAUACAAUGGGUUUCUGUGCACAGAGUGUUAAUGCACACUGUAUAUUUAAGAGCUAAACCAAACUUUGCUGCACUCCCACAGAUGAGAGGGGAGCCUGAUAAGACCAGAUACAUGUUUUGUCAUUGUUAUAAUGCUGUUAUUGUGAUGGUUUUUCAGGUCACAUGGGUCGUGUUUUGCACCUGGCCGUCAGUCCCAGUGGAACCAAGCUCCUCUCAGCUGGAGCAAACUGUCUGGGCCAUGUCUGGAACACC